UUAGUAAUCGCCAUGAGCCACCGGACGAACUUUCGCAUCAUGCACCCUUGGCGCUGCGGUCGACCCGGGUGCGCGCGCAGUUCAGGGUUGACGCCUGCGUCUCCACAGUCACUCCGCCAUCUUUGCCAGGACAGUGACUGUUGCGGAAGCAUGUGUAUAGUUUUUGGAUCGCGUUAAGAAAAGUGUGCAGUGUACUAGGACAAGCUGUUUGACGUUGUUAUGCACGAGUGUUUUGCACAUAGAGGUAUGCUGUCCGAAUCCUCUUUCCUGUAAGGGGCCAUGAAAGAAGACCAGCGCCGAAAUUCCAUGGGCCUUCAGGGCAAAAGUCCCAACGAUUGUUGACCAUCGCAUACGCAGUGCGUGUUCGUGAUGGUGGACUUCAGCCUAUGAGGGCGGGCGAAGCCGCUUUCAGGCUUAAAAGUCCUGAUUGUUAACUGUGUUUGGUGUGUAGUUUAAUAUCACAACAACAAGCAAAGAUGACGGCUGAGAAAAAGAUUUGCUUUAGUAUCUGCAUCUGUCAGAUGACAGCGAUCCUGUCCGGUGUGGCGCUGCUCUAUCUCGCCGUGAUUGUCGUGAUCCCGUCCAAGGAUGAACUGGCCUUCAACUUCCACACGACACCCAUAAUGUGCACGACCAUUACGGCGAAGGACAUCUCGGCGAGCGGCAAGAAGCUGCAGUGCCACUGGUCCACCUGUUCGGAGUGGUGCCUCUCGAAGGGCUCGGGCACCUGCAUGCAGAUUCACGUCAUGGUGAGAAACAACGGAUCCAGGGUCAACUUCAGAGACUGUGUGGAUAUUUCGGACGAAAACUGCUCGGCCUUGGACGUGAACGCUACAUUUGUCAAGUGGUGCAAGAAAGGCGAAUGCCACGACCUGACAGGGAUGUUCAACUGCACCAAAGACGACGACAACGGCUGUCGCGACAUCACCCCGGCCUUCGUCUGCACCAACCGCAGGAAGUCCGUGAAAUCCAUCGAGUGCAACGAAGAGCAAUGCAGCGAGCGGCUGGACGGCGUGUUCACCUGCAAGGAUGGCAAGUGCCACCAGCUCAAGGAUAUCGUCAAGUACUGGCGCGACUGCGAGCGGAAGUGCACUAAACUGGAGAUGCGUGAGCGGAACGUGAUAAUCUUCAGCCGCGAGAGGCUGGUGGCGACGGCGUGCUCGUCCAUGGACUCGCCCGACAACAACACGAUCGCGGAGGUGAGCGAAUCGCAGGACUGGCGCGACAAGAAGACGGCCGUGUUCUUGUUCUGCACCUACAUCGAGAAGGUGAAUGGCAAGAAGACCUACGACCUGCUCACCUCCGACUGCUUCAACGCCACCAUGGCCACGGCCGAGGAGUUCCAGCACAUGCGAAGCUACAUGGACCUCCUGGCGCUGCACCAGACCCUAGCCAACCGCUCGGAGUGGGUGAUCGAACCCGAAUCCACACUCCGCGUCAUGAACAACACCCAACUCCGCAUCAACUCCCAGGGUUGCGUGAACACCCUCAAGAAGGAGUGCACGGCGUUCUUCGAGACGCACGCCCACGACGGCUUCGACGGCAUCACGCCCGACCGCUACCCCUGCUACUACACCGACCUCAACGCCGAUUUCGUCAUCGGAAAGUUCGACCCCAACAUGACCCGCCUUCACCUGCUCGUCGCCUCCAUCCUACCCGGUUGCCUCUUCGUCUUCGCCUGCACCUGCCUCUUCAUCUGCUCCAAAUCGGUAGGAGUGGACGACGAGGGCCAUUUGCGGGUGACACUUCUACAAAGCGGGGGCGCAGGAGGUAACGCUAGCGAGCUGUGAUCCAGCCCUCCUCUGUUGUCUCUCUGCUGAUCAAAGAGUGUGACUACUGGACAACGGGGCUGUAGGACAAAGUGGAGGAUGAAAAUAAUGCUGCUGUCAGUCAAAAUAAGAAGCAAAUAUUAAAUCUGGAUAGCAAGGCCCCGCCAUUGCAAAGAAAAUGAUAGAAGAAAAAUGAAAGCAAUCUUAUACUUGUAUUCUUGCUUGUCUAUGAAAACUUACAUGCUACACAAAUAUAUAUCUAAAAAUUUGUAAAAAAACAAAAAAAUAAUACAUAUAUACACAUGUUGAGUGUAAUCUCAUUACUUAUCCCCUUUUCCUCAUCUUUCUCUGUAAAUUAAAAGUGUAAGCCUUGCCAAAAGAACAAUUGUAACCCUUGCUGUCACCAGUAUUGUUAAAAUGCCAUCAAUACGAGAAAAAAAUCUGCCUUCAGCCCCAAUUUCUUUUCGGGAAUAAAAACAAAACCAUCAAAACAAAAAAAAGCAAAAACAACUUUCAUACAUCCCAUCUCAUAUAUUUUAAGCUUUGACUUAAAAUCUUCAAAAGGCUUCUGUACCUCUCCUGGGCAAAGAUCACAAGCCCGUACAAUGAUGCUAAUUCGAGUUUCACCUGCAAGAUACAUUGUACAUUUUUCUCCCUUCUGUUUUGCUCUGUGUAGCUGCACUUUCAAAGGAAAGAUUUUCUUGCACUAUGUAAUGGUUAAGUGAAAAUGGUUAACCAAAUGAUUAUUUCAAAAAAAUGAUAAUAAAAAAUGCAAAAAAAAAACAAAAAAAAAGUUAAAAAUAUAUCCUCUCAGUAAGUGGAGAGUCAUCUCGGUUUACUCUAAUGCUAUGAUAUAAAUACUACUUGCCGAGGUCACUGAGAACUAGUUGUAGUCCUUUCAUUCAAUUUUGUAGCUAAUAAGUCUUGCAACUUUACAGCUGAUCUUUUUAUAAUAGUCAUUAAUUUGCUUCUAACCUUUACAAUUGCAGAUAGCCACUUGCUAUUCUAUAUAUUUUUUAGAAGUAUAGAAGUUUUCAACUUAUCUGAUCUUCUAAACUGAGAGAAGGGAAAUAUGUUACAAUAUCAAUAAUAAGUUACUUCAGUUAACUGUGACAGACUUCUGUUUCCAGAAAUAAUAAACUCAAGCAAGCUUUGUAGAUUAAUUAUGCAUUAGAAAUUCUUACUUUGAAUUUAUGUCAUUAAUUAAACAACAAAGAUGCAUUUGAUCAUCACUUUGUUAUCAUUAUUAAGAAAGAUUAUUUCAUGUUACAAGUUAUUGACCCAGUGUCAAGGAAAUAUUGUUAUUUGUUCAGAAUACCGAUUUUAAAUAAUGCUGUUCAACUAUGAUUCUGUGAUCAUUAGAAUGUCAGUUGUAAGUUAUAUGAAAGCACAUCAUAUCCCAUACUAAAGCACAAAAAUGCUUUUGCUUAUAAUGUUAAAGUGUAUCAUAGAUAAUAUGGUUAUUGAUUGUUAUAGAAAUAUUUACUUAUCAUUUUUUAUUUUCUUCUCUUACUUUCCAUCAUGGUAUUCAGUCAGAGAGAAAGUCAUGAUUAAAAUAAGAAAAUCACUUACUGCUGUGUGUUCCAAUUUUUUAAAAGUUGUGUGAAGCAAAUACAAUGAGGACCUGUCAUUUUCUUACUAAGAAAAUUCAGAACAAAAAUAUUAAAACAGUAUUUAUAACAUUGAGGGCCUUUGUGCACAAUUCAUCUGUCAAUUGUACGUCCUGUGUCCAUUUGUCAAACUUUUAAGGGAAAGAAGGGAGCUCUACAGUAGUAGACUAUUACAAAUUAUAUUAGCAGAUAUUGUAGAAUUCAUAGUACACAUUUGUUACACUGAAGAGCCUUCUUCUUAACCUUUUGGUUGUAAAUAUACAUCUAUUUUUUUCAUGCUUAUUUUAGCCCUGCAUGUGUGAUGACAGUGCUACAAUACUCGAAUACUGUUAACAAGUAUUAUAUUGAUAGAAACCUAUUAGCUACCUUUAGAUGACACAGCAUUUACCAACCUGGUGCUAUUAUUUCACUGAAUUAGCUUCUGUCAUUGUUAAUUUGUUUGUCAAAUUUACCUCUCUUAGGUAAUACUUGCAUAGUUUACAGUACCAUGAUGUUCCUUACCUUACAGAGAUGCAGUAAAACAUUUAUUAUAAAUCAUUUAGAGUAAGAAUAUGCACCUCAUAUUGGUCAGAAUUCCCACACAAAAUAAUACCAUUUUUCUGUCAUCAAACAACUUCCCACCAGGAUCCUUGUUGCCUCUUUUGCAACAUUAUCCUCUGUAAUAUCUUGCAUAUGCAUUACAAAUAUAACUGCACAAUAUUUGUGCUUGUUGAUGCUUAAAUUUCUACACAAAGUUUGCAAUAAAGAUUGCUCAACAA